AAGUAGUCUGUGCUAUAUAAUAUACUCUUUGACGACAAAUAGCGUACCCAAGCGACAUAGUAAUUACUAAUCAUUGAGAGUGUACUUAUCUUUUAUUUUUAUACAGUGUUUGCUUUCUCUAUUUUUUAAAUAAUUGUAUUAUACAAAGUAUUUUUCUGACUUGAAUUAAAUAUUAAUUGUUGAGAUAUUCUAACAAAAAUGUUAGGAUAUUCUAACGCCGGUAUACCAGACAAAUCAUGGCAACCACCCGUUGCAGUCAUCGAAACAACGAUGGGCACUAUGGUUGUCGAAAUGUACUGGAAACAUGCUCCUCUUACAUGUCGCAAUUUCAUGGAACUUGUAAGAAGAGGAUACUACAAUAACACCAAGUUUCACAGAAUUAUAAGGGACUUUAUGAUUCAAGGCGGAGACCCAACAGGUACUGGAAAAGGUGGCCAGUCAAUUUAUGGACCCCAUUUUGAUGAUGAAGUUACAUCAGAUCUAAAACACACUGGUGCGGGCAUACUGUCUAUGGCGAAUGCUGGACCCAAUACAAAUGGAUCUCAAUUCUUUAUCACAUUGGCUCCUACACAAUGGCUUGAUGGGAAACAUACAAUAUUUGGAAGAGUACAAAGUGGAAUUAAUGUCGUCAAAAGAAUAGGAUUGGUGGAGUGUGAUAAAUGUGAUUGUCCUGUGGAUGACGUAAGAAUAGAAAGAGCCUAUGUUCCUAAAUAGCAGGACACUAAAAGGAAACGAGGCCGUCCACAGAGAAGAUGGGAGGAUGAAAUAAAACAAACAGCAGGUCCAUGCUGGAGUAGAGCAGCAAGGGACGGAAAGUAUUGGAAGGAGUUGGAGGAGGCCAUUGCCACAAGGCACUCUGUGCUACGAGA